AUGUUGCUGAGCUGCGACGUGCCGGACGAGGAAAUAGAUCGGCUUCGUCGGGAGCUGCGACGGCGAAGGUCAGAAGAGCUCGCCUUGAUGAUGAAGAUUCGGACCUCAGGUGAGAAGAUCGCCUUGCUGAAACGGGAGGUUCAGACAUUUGACGUGCAGGUGAAGGAGCUCAGGGCUCAGCUAGCAGGUGCCGAAGGCAAUGCCCAGGCUAGCGCAGAGACCAAGGAGAAGUAUGAGCAAUCUGAGUCGGAGGAUCCGGAAGACCAUGAUCUUCGCUCCCGGAUCCAGGCUCUCAAGAGCCGGAUUGAGAGCUUGAAAGCUGCAGAUGAGGAAGCGACGGAAGCGAAGGAAGCGACACCUGAGAGGUUCUUGCAGUCUACAGGCAGUGAAAGUGAAAGCAUCUCCUACUGCAGGCCGAAGUCCACUUGUUCGGAGUUGAUGGAAAAGGAGGAGCAGCUCCGUCAGAGGGAGCAAGCGGCGAAAGCCAGGACGCUGGGGCCGAGUCGUGCGUAUGUGCGUUUCCUCGGUGUCUUCGUGACGUCUUCCGUUUCGGGACGUGUCAUUUUAUUGGGCCCUACGGAGUCGGGAAUUUGUACGCCGUCGGCAGCUGCGCGAGCUGCGGGGGAUGUGAAGUAUCCGUUCGCAGGUGGCGAUGCCGGGCGAUGGUAUUGUCGACAGCGGUUCCUGGCGUUGGCUGGAAGUCGGAGCGCUUUGGCGGUGAAAAGAAGACCCGCCAGCGGCGGAGUGAGACGCCUCUCGUUGCAGGGCGUUCCAGAAGAGUCCCGCCUAACGAGUAUGGCGAGCAAAUACCGACAACGCCUGGCGCAAUCCAGCGGCGUCAGCAGCUCCAGGGCUUUUGAGUCCGACAUUGGCAAGAAGAUCUUGAUGAAAUAUGGUUGGAGGGAAGGACAAGGCCUUGGCCGGCUGAAGAAUGGCCGGACGGAAUGUGUCCAGGGAGAAAGGCGGGAGGAAAAGAAGGGCCUGGGCGUGGAGAAGAGGAAGUCCGAGGAACAGUGGGACAACUGGUGGGCCGAUUGCUUCAACAGUGUGGCCAAGAGCAUCUCCGUCAAGGCCGAGAGCCGUGCUGAGAGCAGCGAUAGCGACAGUGAGGCGCCUGAGAAGGGCUCGGAGGGAGGCCGCAUCACGGCUGUGAAGAAAGCCGGAGCCAUGAAAGGCAAGCUCCGGCGGGUCUUGCGCCAAGAGAGUUCCCCAGCUCUUUGA